GAGAACAGAGUACGGUUAAUACGGCUGUCACACUUUGUCAUGGAGGAUAUUAAACUCCAUUUUUAAUUCACACGAUAAAAAAAACAAGAACAACGAUUAAAAAACAAGACAAGAAUGAGAACAAAGAGAAGAGAAGAAUCUGUCAAAUCUACUCUGUCUGGACUUGAAUCUGGAUUAAAACUUCAUCAUGACUCUUCCAUCCAGAAGACUACAGACCAAACCUGUCAUUACGUGUCUGCAGACCUUCCUCAUCUCCUACAGCCUCAUCUUCUGGGUGACUGGAGUGAUCCUACUGGCAGUGGGGAUCUGGGGUAAAGUAGGCCUGGAGACCUACAUCUCCAUGGUGUCUAAGGAUAGUGGCAACGCUCUAUAUGUGCUAAUUGGAACCGGAGCUGUCAUCAUUGUUUUUGGACUGUUUGGUUGCGUAGCUGCGUGUCGCGGCAGUCCAUGGAUGCUGAAAUCGUACGCCAUGUUUUUGGCCUUAGUCUUCUUGGCUGAACUGGCAGCAGGAAUCUCAGGAUUUAUCUUCAGACACCAGAUUAAAUCGUCUUUCGGCAAAGCCUAUGACAGCGCUGUGACAAACUACGAUGGCAGCGGCAGCGGCGUCUACGUGGACUACAUCCAGAGAAGGUUCCACUGCUGCGGGGUCCACAACUACACAGACUGGAAGGACACGAAGUACUUCUCAACACAGGGAAUUCCUGCCACUUGUUGUAAAGACCCCAUGAAUUGUAAACCCGAAACCUUGAAGAACCUGCAACAGGCUGCUGACGAGGUCUAUCAGACGGGCUGCUAUUUGCAGAUGACCCGUACCAUUGAAGAUAACCUUGGAAUUGUAGCUGGAAUCGCCUUUGGAAUUGCUUUCUUCCAGCUUAUCGGCGUUUUCCUGGCUUUUUGUUUGUCUCGAGCGAUAACUAACAAUCAGUACGAGAUGGUCUAACACAGACCUGUUUCCAGGUAACAAGCCUCUGCAGAAAACGGACCUCGAAAGACCGCCGGGUGAUUUUAAUUUGGCGUUUGUGUUUGAAAGUUUAUGUUAGUUUUAGGGAAACAUCUUUUUUCUGUUUCAUUCUUGCCAAAAGGGGAAAAAGAAAAUGCUACAGAAAAAGUCAAAGGGAAAAGCUGUGCAGCAUCUUGGGACCAAACAAAGAGAGAUGAAUGUUGAAUAUUGUUGUCUUUUCAUUUAAUAGUGAUAUAGAUUAGAUGCCUCUUUCCUCUGCCUUAUAUAUUUUUUAUGUUUUGUUAUAUGUAGUUUGUAGCAGAUGAAAUAAACUGAAAAUGUUUCAACUUUAAAUACUUCAGUGAAGCCUCAAAAUAAUGGACAGUAGGCGCUCUCUGUGUGUAAAUUUUUCACUAUUAUUUGGAAAAUCCUAGGUCACUCAAGACAUCAUCUGUUCACUUAACUUCCUUUCACUGUUUUGUUGUAUUCAGUCUUUCUUCCACUUUUUUGACGAUGCAUAUAAAAAAAUACAGAAAAUAAAGAUGAUAUCUUGACAAA